AUGAGUACCGACAAGGGCUUGGACGAGCUGCAUCGGAGGCUAUUUGAAGAAGGCCUCAAGAUGCGCCGCUCGGUCGUCGGCGACUCAUAUGUUGACCGCGCGCUCGCAAAUGGCUCCACCGAGUUUUCUCGCCCUGGCCAGGAGCUCGUCACUGAGUGGUGCUGGGGAUACGCUUGGACCCGUCCUGGCCUGGAGAAGAAGCAGCGCAGCCUCCUCAACAUCGGCAUGCUCAUGGCUUUGAACCGCACUCCGGAGCUCGCGGUGCAUAUUCGGGGCGCGAGGAACAAUGGGCUCACUGAGCUGGAAAUCCGGGAGGCCAUCCUGCACUGCACCACUUAUUGCGGCGUGCCGGCGGGUGUUGAGGCCAUGAAAACGGCGGAAAAGGUCCUCGACGAUAUGGCUGAGAAGGGCGAGAUGCAGAGGGAGCUGGAUGCCAAGGUGGAGGGAACUGAAGGGGGGGCGAGGAUGAACUGA